AUGGCAGCGGCGAUAUUAAUGCAGACGCAAAUAUAUUCAAAAUAUGUUUACGACUGGAAGGAAACAUCUUUGCAACAGCCUAAAAUCUUCGAAAGGUUACAAAACCUGGCAUUCGGCAUCCCGGAGGGGAGGGAGCAGGGCAGCCAGGCGGGGGUGGGGCGCGGGGACGCGCCAGGGUUGCCACUUAAACAGGAUUUCCUCCUUCUCGGGACGCCACCUCGAUACCAUCAGGGGCGCAUUUAUUGCCCCCACUCUCAAAACCUCGGUGUCCACAAUCCCGCGGGUGCCCCACGGAGUCCCCGGGUGCGGAAGGCACGAGUAAUUCCUUAUAUAGCCGCGGCGGCCGCCGCGCGGGGCCGCCCAGCAGAACACAGGCCAGGCCAAGAAGCACUGUGUUUUCCUGGCACACCGGCACCGAUCAAUACCCCUGAGCUGCGCGGCCCACGAGCGGCGGCCCCAUGGGCCCGUCGGGCCCCCUCCCCCACCCGGCCCACUCGCGACCGCGAGCGCCAUCCCAGCUCCAUUAUCCGGCCUCAGCGCUCCGCGCAUCCGGCCCAGGUAACAACUUCCCCCAAAGAGCUCGCGAGGCGCACUCACGCAGCCCGACCAGCGGGGACCCGGGCACGGGACCUGUCUGUGGUGCUUCCCGACCCCCGGCACCGCGCGGCAGGUCCACGCACACGCGCGCCCCGCGGCUGCAGCAAGUGGCUGCCCGGCCCUGCCCAGCCCUCGACGGCGCCGCACGCGCGGACCUCCAGGUCCCCCGAGCCGCGGCGUCCACCGUGCGGCCCCAUCCCAGGUCCGCGAGCGCGCGGGGAACAACUUUCCCGCGGGCGCCCAACCCGGCGCGCGGCUCCCGCUCCCGCGCACACGCGCGCACGGCCGCCACGCAGCCGGUGUCCCGCACCGCCCGCCGCAAGUUUGUUCCCCGCCGCGGCCUGCGCGCCCAGCCAGGACCGCGCGCGGACGCCUAGCGCGGGGAGGCGCCGAGGGGCCGCAAGAGUGGAGAAAAGUGCGGAAAGAAGCAACAGCCGCUCCACCCGCGAGCGGAAAGUGGCCUGGCGCGGCGAGGAGCCGGCGGCGGACGGGAUGCGGCACGGAUAACGGUCCCGGCCCGCGGUAGCGGCCGCCCAAGCCGCCAGGCGGAGAGGCCAGACUGACUACUCAGAAGCAGCCAAGUCCAACUGUUAGGUGUCUUUCCACAUUUGAAAUGAUACCGAUGAUAUUUCUUGGCUGGUGAAUUUUAUAUAACGUCAACUAGAGAGCAUGGGAGGUGACAGCCCGCCUCUCGUCAUCCACGCCUGCCUGCUGCUUCUUGUGCAGUUAGCUCUCCACUCGGCUGCCUUCAUUGCUGGACUCUGAAUUGUUCCUGUUCAUUCAGGAUCAAAUUAAUGAAAACCUGCAUAUUGUGAAAGGGGAUGGGUCUCACUCAUCAAUGAAGGACUGCCUCCUCUUGCAACCGAGCUCUUUGUGAGGAGCUUGGACUGCUUUGUGAUACUGAAGUAUCUCUCUGGGCACGUACAGAAGGACAGAGAAUGCAGAUGGAAUGGCCCGCCGGCAUUCCUUGGCUUUCUCUUUAUGGAACAAAACUCCAGUCCUAGGCCAGCUUCACAGAUGGAAAUGCAUGCCUGACGCUGUAAUUCUGACCCAGACCCUGUGGUUGGGAAGCUCAUAGGCCCCAGAGGUUAAACCCAGAUUUGAAAAUAUCUGCUGGAAAUCAGCCACAAUGAAAAUCAGCAAAUUGGAGCAUGCAUGUUCAUAAAAGAAUAUCAAGUCUCUCAAGUUCGGUACUGUGAACUUCCAGGAGACAGUUACAAAGCUCUCAGGACACAAAGGAUUUUCCUGGCCAUGCUCCCUCCAUGAGCACUCUACUUCUAUACAUUAUAAUCUAUAAAAGCCAGUAGCAUGUAAAACAUGCUAAACAUUAUGUGGCUCUCAGGUUUAACUCUUAUUGUACAGUAACUGACAUCCAUGUGGCUGAUGCUGUUGGAGGAAGGGCGUUGGGGGACCUGUCUGUAUCUCCUCCCAUGUUUUCAUUUUUAAUUCUGUAAACUCUCUGCUCUUAGAGUGGCUGCACUCUGGUAUAUGUGCACAGAGGUUGCACAUAUGCAUGCAUGGAGGCCAGAGGAGGAUGUCAGGUGUCUUUCUCUGUCACUCUCUGCCUCAUCUUUUAUAGACAGGGUCUCUCACUGAACCUGGAGCUAGGUCAGCAGCCAACAAGCCCUAGUGACCCUCCUGUUUCCACCCCUCAUGACACUAAGAUUACAGGUGCACAUGUGGCCACACCCAGGAUUGAAUGGAUGCUGGGAUCUGAACUCAAGUCCUCAUGCUUGUGCAGCAAGAACUCCCACCCACUGCACCAUCUCCCCAGCUGCCCAUUUCUUUAUAAUUUUAAGAUAGUCAUUAACUGUUGACUCUAUGACUUUCAGAAUAGCUUUUUCUUGGCAGGUCAUAUGAAAUUAUGUCUUUAUGAAUUUCACUAUUUAGCAGGAUGAUAGAUGCUUGGUCGUGCUGGGACCAUCUCAGCUCACAUUCACUCAGCACAACACUUCACUGAUAGCGCUGCCUUGUACCUUCUGGAGGACUUUCAAGUUUCCACUAUUGUUUUAUAUAAAUGAUUUCUUGAUUUUAGCUGCAGUGCUUUCUAUAAUCAUAUAGUUUCUGUUGGAGAAGAAAGAGUGACUUCUAAGUAUGGGUAAAUAUUUCAUAAGAUAUUUUAAAGUCCUGGGCUGAGAAUCACAUUUUAUAUUUCAAAUGAAACCAGAGGUUUAUGUUUAUACUCUGAAGCCCUUCACUUCAGAUCACAUUCCACCACGGCACAGGAU